CCUCACUAACAACUGCGCCUCACCCGACGAAGCUCCAACCUCCAACGUCAACGCCGACCGACCCCGCCGAGCUUCGUGUUCACCGUCGACAUCUACAUUCGUGCUAUUUCUAGUUAAUUGAGGACGUCUGAGGACGUAUUUGCUGCCAUGUCUCAAUCCCUCCGACCCUACCUGCAAUGCGUACGCAGCAGCUUGACCGCCGCGCUCACACUCUCCAACUUUGCUUCCCAGACCGCCGAGCGACACAAUGUUCCAGAGAUUGAGGCCCAGACGUCUCCCGAGGUCCUGCUGCAGCCCUUGACCAUUGCGCGCAACGAGAACGAGCGUGUCUUGAUUGAGCCCAGCAUCAACUCCGUCCGUAUCAGCAUCAAGAUCAAGCAGGCCGAUGAGAUUGAGCAUAUCCUGGUCCACAAGUUUACAAGAUUCUUGACGCAACGUGCGGAGUCCUUCUUCAUUCUGCGGAGGAAACCUAUCAAGGGUUAUGACAUUUCUUUCCUGAUAACAAACUUCCACACCGAGGAAAUGCUGAAGCACAAGCUUGUCGACUUUAUUAUUCAGUUUAUGGAAGAGGUCGACAAGGAGAUCUCUGAGAUGAAGCUAUUUUUGAACGCUCGAGCACGAUUCGUGGCCGAGUCUUUCCUUACACCGUUUGACUAAACCCCUCAGCUGGUUUGAGGCUCGGAGUUUGCUUGGGAGUGUCGGUUGUCGCAAUAUUUGUGACCAGACAAAGGGUAUUAACCAUUCAUGAUGGCAUUGAACUGCUGAGGCUCUGAUAGGUGAGCCUCAUGCUGUGGUGAGGAAGGAGGUUCAAGAGAACGACAUUAGACAUAA